AUGGACUCUGACGACUCGGACUUUUAUGGUGACGAGGAGGUCGCAUCACACCUCUUACAGCGUGUCGCCGACUUUGACGUGGACGAUUGGGCUCAGCAGCAGCGAGUCCAUCCGAGCCGUCCGCAGCGCAAGAUCAACUUCAAUGACGAGGCUUCUCACUUGCACAAUCCAUAUGCCGGCAUAUCUUAUGCCUGGCAAUUGACGGAGACGAUUGACAACUUCCUUUCACGACUGCCGCCCGCAACAACUGACCAGACGUCGGAUACGCCAUGGAUAUUCAUCUGCAACCCCUACAUCCCACGGGUUCACAAGCAUGAGAGUCAGAGCCAGUUCUCCAAGGGAAAUGAGGAUGAGGCGCCCGAGGAAGAGGGCAGCAAGACGGCCAUUGUCGCUCAAGGCGGUCUGGAAAGGCUUCACCUGGUUAGCAAGUUCAUCGAAGGGAUGCAGAGGUCGGGAAAGGCCAAGUCUAUUGUCGAAAAGGAAAUCAGAAAAGAGCAGAAGCAGGCUACUGACGACAUUCUAAAGCUGGCCCAUCUCGCUAAGGUGCGAACAGGCAAAUGGCUGCUGUUUUGUCCUGCCUCGGACGUCAACGAAAUGUGGGAGAUUGUCGCUAAAGCGACAGCAAAUAAUGAGCUUGGCAUCGCCGCCAAGGUUGCGCCACGAUCGCCAUUGGAGGAUCCUCGCAAGGAUCGCAUUCUAUGCAUAUACACGGCCGAUUUUGCUGACAAGGCUGACGUUGGGCGCGUAUUGCAAAAGAUGCGCGAGCUCAAGCUGGUUGAGGCCAGAGGUCGACCAAUUUACUAUAAGCCAGAUGCAUUCACAUAUAUUGGCAUCUCGCAUGGCAAUGCGUGGGGACUGAGGGUGUCCAUUUAUAGCUCUACAGAUGUAUUUCCUCGCCGAGCCUGA